AUGGCCGAGAUCUCUGGUAUUACUGUUCGGACACAAACCACCAUCUUAAACAUUGAAGAUGGUAAAUCCGGUGGUGAUUCCCGGUCAGCAGAUUCUCCAGGUCCUCUUAUAUCCAUAUCCUUCCUUCAAAAGUUGAUUGGUGAGUUCGUGGGGACAUUCUCUCUGGUAUUUGCGGGCUGCUCCGCAAUCGUGGUAAAUGAUACGUACGGUAAACAGGUGACACUUCCUGGCAUAGCUUUGGCAUGGGGUCUAACCGUAAUGGUUAUGACGUACUCAAUUGGUCAUGUCUCCGGUGCACAUUUCAAUCCUGCUGUUUCCAUUGCACUUGCUUCGUCCAGAAAGUUUCCUUUUAAACAGGUUCCAGGGUAUAUUGCCGCUCAACUUCUCGGAUCAACUUUAGCGGCCGAAGCUCUACGGCUCGUGUUCCAUCUGAACAACAAUGUUUGUAGCCUUAAAGGAGAUGUUUAUGUGGGAACACACCCUUCAGGUUCCAACACGGCGACGUUCGUAGUGGAAUUCAUCGCUACUUUCAAUUUGUUGUUUGUAAUUUCAGCUGUAGCUACUGAUAAACGAGCUAACAGAUCAUUCGCAGGCGUUGCUAUUGGUGCAACCGUAUUACUCGACAUACUGUUCAGCGGGCCAAUCUCGGGAGCUUCAAUGAAUCCAGCAAGAAGCUUGGCCCCUGCUUAUAUAUGGGGAUGUUAUAAGAAUUUAUGGUUAUACAUAGUUUCACCGGUUAUUGGAGCAUUGGCAGGUACAUGGACUUAUAAUAUAUUACGGUCUACAAAUAAACCAUAUGGUGAGAUAAUACGUCCAAAUUGCAACAAAGUUUCUUCUAACGAUCACCAAGAAGCAUCUCAAGACGACUUUUGUGUUCUUCGAGUGGUUGACCCAAAUAACCGGAAAAUUUUCAUACUUUCAUCGCCCACUGACAUUAACGAUACAUGCAAUGUCACAUGCAAAUUGGCGUAA